CUGCCCUUACACUCACUGUUAAUAACUUUAAAGACAAAUGACAACUUCAUCUGAAUCAACUCGCAAGGGUCUGACCAAAAUUGCCACAAAUAGACUUCAGAAAGAGUUCAUGGAGUGGCAGACUAACCCUCCUGCUGGUUUCAAGCACAGAGUCUCUGAUAAUCUCCAACGAUGGACCAUUGAAGUGAAGGGAGCUCCAGGAACUCUUUAUGCCAAUGAAACUUACCAACUUCAAGUGGAGUUUCCUGAGCAUUAUCCUAUGGAAGCUCCACAGGUUAUCUUUCAGCAUCCAGCUCCACUCCAUCCUCAUGUUUACAGCAACGGUCACAUUUGCUUGGAUGUUUUGUAUGGUUCAUGGUCGCCUGCAAUGAGACUAAGUUCAAUCUGUCUUAGCAUUCUCUCAAUGCUCUCAAGCUCAUCUGUGAAGGUUUGUUGUGUGUUUUGUGCAUUCUCUUCUUUCUUUGGCUUUGACAGUAUAUUCUUCUUAUGCUGUUUUGUAUUCUCUUAUGACCCAUCCUUGCAGCAAAAGCCGAAAGACAAUGACCACUAUUUGAAAAACUGCAAAAAUGGAAGAUCUCCAAAGGAAACGAGGUGGCGCUACCAUGACGAUAAAGCAUAACAUCUCUCUAUGUGUGACGCGUCCUUGUAUUGUAAUUAGAAACCAAAUGUAUGAUCUCAGGUCAAGUUAUUGACCUGUUUCUAUCUUCAAAACAACAAAAAAUAGUUUCUCUGUGGUUUAAUCACACGAAAAAGCUUGUGCAUAAAACUAUAAAGUCAAGAAGAAAUAACAUGAUUUAUUUAUUAAGUCUGAAUCUUCUGUUGAAAAGAGAUCAUCCAUGACUGCGCGCAGUACAAACCAAAAAAUGAUAGAACUAUUGAUCCAAAAGAAGAAACCUUUGCUCCUAAAAGCCUUCGGCUGAAGGCAAAAAUGUGUGUUCUACCAUUGUAAAGAAAAAGGCUCAUGAGACUUUCCAUGACAUCUUACAUUGUAAUAAACACUUAAAAGGACAACUGAGCAGACGCUUCAUCUGUUCCUCGUUCCAUUCUAAUAGUCCCU